AUGGCUGGUGUUCAUCAACAAUUGCAACCGAAACCUGAGAGUAUGAGGAAUGAUGUUCGAUUGGAAUUUGAGAGGGGUUUGGAGGAGUUGAUGCGUGGGCAUUAUGAUGAAUGCACGUCCUUCACUUCGUGCAGUUCACCGCGAACAACUACUACAGAGGAUGAAGAGGAUGAGGAUGAACAACUUGUCAGGCGGAGGAGAAGGUCGAAUGUUGAGGGUGAGGACUUGGCUGAGUCUUCUGCUGCUAGGAGGCAUCACUCAAGGAUUUUAAGCAGGUGGGCAGCCCGUCAGGCGCAGGAGAUGAUAACCACGAUGGAGAGGAGAAACCGCGAGUCAGAGUUGAUGACACUUGCGGGCUUGCACACAGUCUCCAUGCUCGACUCAUCAUUCUUGAGGGAGCCACAGUCCCCAACUUCGACGCAUCAGGGGAAUGUUGAGAGGCUGAGCACCCAGGCUUCAACUAUUUUGCAGAUGUGGAGGGAGCUGGAGGAUGAGCAUGCACUGAACCGUGCGCGGGAGAGAUUGAGGCAACAGAGAAAUGUGGGUUCUAAUACAAAUGCAUCCAGUUCAAAUAUGUCAGAAAUCAGGGAGAAUGAUAACCAGGGUAGUCUCGAGGAUGCUGGCGAGAGUGAGAAUGACUAUACGACUUGGUCACAUGAUCAGGGUGGUUUGCAGAAUGAGAAUAGGGACCCUGACAAUUCUAGUCGGGAGCAAUCUCCGGAUCUUGGGGAUGUUGAGAGGGAGAGGGUGAGGCAAAUUGUUCGGGGAUGGAUGGAGAGUGACAUUAGUGAUCCGGCACCUAAUGUUAUGCGAAGGAAUGGCACUCCUAGAUCUGAAUGGCUUGGGGAAACAGAGCGUGAGAGGGUGAGGAUUGUGAGAGAGUGGAUGCAAAUGACAAGUCAGCAAAGAGGAUCUCGUAGUGGACACAGGGAAGAACAAGAUAAUGGACUUGGCACUCAGGUUGACCAUGCUCAUGAAGGGUCUGUUGUUGACAACGAGGAAGGUCAGCCAGAACAUAUUCAUAGAGACAUGUUGAGGCUGCGGGGAAGACAAGCUCUACUUGAUUUACUGGUAAGAAUCGAAAGUGAAAGGCAGCGGGAACUUCAAGGUUUGCUGGAGCAUCGUGCCGUUUCUGACUUUGCACAUCGUAAUCGUAUUCAGUCACUACUUAGAGGUAGGUUCUUAAGAAAUGAAAGGCCUGCCGAGGAAGAGAGAACCCCUUCAAUGGCAGCUGGUGAACUGAAUCAGUUAAGACAACGACACACAGUAUCUGGCCUAAGGGAAGGUUUCCGCUCCAGAUUAGAAAAUAUUGUUCGUGGUCAAGUGAUCAGCCAUCCUGAAACCUCAUCUAACAAUAACAACAGGGAUUCAAGAAAUGAUCCGAUUAAUUCCAAUCCUUCACAGGAGAUGCAACAUGAGAAUCAAGAACAGUCUCAAUCUGGACGUCAGGAAAGUGACGUUCAACAAUUAACCAAUCGCACGACAAAUUUGGAUGGAAGUGAUCAAAGUACAAAUCAAGCAUCAGCUGCCGACCAAGGAAGCAAUUGGCAGGAACAGGUCACUGGAGACGGGAGAGCAAAUAGGCAACAAUCAGCCUAUAAUGAGUCCAAUGGAUGGAGAGGUGGCACUUCGGAAGACACAGAUAGAAAUUGGCAGGAAAAUCCUGCACCUGAUUGGCCCUCAGAAGCAGCAGUAAAUGAAGGUGGAGAGCAAGAUCAGUUGCAGGAAGCCCAAGGUGUUUGGCGUGAUGAUGUCUCUCGAGAAGUUGUGGAUAGUUGGUCGGAAGGGCAUUCAGACCCUCCAAGAAUGCGGCGAUCUGUACCAUAUAGAAGAGUUGCAAGGUUUCGCCCACCUGAUGAAGAUAGUGUGUACAGUAUGGAACUCAGGGAUCUACUAAGCAGGAGGAGUGUCUCCAAUCUUCUCCGUAGUGGUUUCCGUGAGAGCCUGGAUCAGUUGAUUCAGUCAUAUGUAGAAAGACAAGGUAGGUCUCCUAUUAGCUGGGAUCUGCAAAGGAACUUGCCUCUUUCACCAUUGCCAGAGAGGGAUCAGGAGCAGCUGAACGAUGUUCAGCGUGAUGCUAUUGGUAGACCUUCAUUGGUAUUACCAUCUCCUCCAGUACCGCCACCGCAGCCUCUUUGGCAUCGGGAAUUGCAUCAUUCUAGUUGGUCCCGUCACAGUGUUAAUCGUUCUGAACUUGAGUGGGAGAUGAUUAAUGAUCUGAGAGCAGACGUGGCAAAACUUCAUCAAGGUAUGAACCACAUGCAAAGGAUGUUAGAAGCAUGCAUGGACAUGCAACUGGAGUUGCAACGCUCAGUCCGACAAGAAGUCUCAGCUGCUCUUAAUCGAUCAGCUGGUGAACAAGGGGUUGUAGAGACUUCGGAGGAUGGGUCAAAAUGGGGUCAUGUUCGAAAGGGUACCUGCUGUAUUUGUUGUGAUAACCACAUCGAUUCUCUGUUGUACAGGUGCGGGCACAUGUGCACUUGUUCUAACUGUGCAAAUGAGUUGGUUCGUGGAGGAGGAAAGUGUCCACUGUGUCGUGCACCUAUAGUUGAGGUGAUUAGAGCUUACUCGAUACAGUAG